GGGAGUCCAGCACAGGGUUGUGGAGGGCCACUGCUAAAAAGUAGAAACGCGAGGGGAGGGCAGGGGACUCACAGUGAGGGCUGGUCAGAGGUCAGGAUGAGCCAGGCGGUUCCAGACUGCACGCCGAAAUGCCGCUCGCCCCGGCACGCGGACGAGGUCAUGGCGGCGCUGACGGGCGGCUCCGAGGGGCGUCUGAGAGCCUUCCUGACGGCCCACUGCCACAACGCCGCCACGCUGCGGGACGGCUCGGGCCGAACGGCCCUGCACCUGGCGGCGUCCCUGGGGAAGAGAGCCCUGCUGGAGUGGCUGCUGGAGCACCGGGGAGCAGAUAUGAUGGUGAAGGACAAGGAGUCGGGCUGGACGGCCCUGCACCGCAGCGUCUUCUACGGACACAUCCACUGUCUGAUGGCCCUGGUCAAGCACGGCGGGCUCCUGUCCACCCAGGAUAAGGAGGGUCUCUCGGUGCUGGACCUCACCAUGAAAGACCGCCCAGCGCACGUGGUCUUCCGAAACGCAGACCCCACCGAGGUCUACACCUGGGGCAACAACACCAACUUCAGCCUGGGUCAUGGGAACCAAGAGAGCCGGCAGCACCCUGAGAUCGUGGAUGUGUUCGCCCGGAGUGGGGUGUACAUCAAGCAGGUGGUGCUGUGUAAGUUCCACUCUGUGUUCCUGUCUCAGAAGGGGCAGGUGUUCACCUGCGGACACGGCCAGGGGGGCCGGCUGGGGCACGGGGACGAGCAGACAUACCUGGUCCCCAGGGUGGUGGAGGGGCUGUUGUCUCACCUGGUGUCCCAGGUGGCAGCAGCUAGGGACCACACGGUGGUGCUGACGGAGGAGGGAUACGUAUACACCUUUGGACUCAACUCCUCCCACCAGCUGGGCCUGACUCCGCCCCCGGCCGCCAGCCAUCUACCCAAACAGGUAUUCUCCAAGACGCUGAAAGGCAGGACUGUGAUUGGAGUUGCCGCAGGAAGGUUCCACACGGUGCUGUGGACCAGGGAGGCCAUCUACACCAUGGGUCUGAACGGAGGCCAGCUGGGUUACCUGCUGGACCCCAACGGAGAGAAAUGUGUCACCGCUCCUCGCCAGGUUUCUGCCCUGCACCACAAGGACGUGACCAUCGCCAUGGCAGCAGCCAGUAAUGGGGCGACGGUCGUGGUGACGGAGAAGGGGGAUGUUUACCUGCUGGCGGACUACCAGUGCAAGAAGCUGGCGUCCAGGCAGUUGAACAUCCGGAAGGUUCUGGUGAGCGGGGGUAGUCUGGACCACCGCGUGGAUCCCCAGGUCCUGAAUGAGAGCGGGGGGGAGAGGGUGUUGAUCCUGGCCCUGGAUCAAGCCGGCAGGGUGUUCUGCUGGCGCUCCAGCGGCAGCCCGGUGCGGCAGGUGCGCUGGGCGUACGGCCGGCAGGUGUUCAUGUCCGACAUGGCGCUCAGCCGCGGCGGCCUGAUGUUCAUCACGCCGGAGGGCGAGGGCUUCAGCGGCCAGUGGCUGGGGGACCCCAGGAAGGCCGGCGAGAGGAAAGACGGCGCUGUGGAGGGGUGUGGCCACGGCGAGGGGGGCGGGGCCUACGAGAGGAUCCGCCUCGACAAGCUUCCGUACGUCCACCGGGCGGUCAGCGUCACCAUGGAUACCAAGGGGCGUAACUUUGGCAUGCUGCAGUCGGACCCCAAAACCAGCCUGUAUGAGAUCCCCUCCGUCUCCCCCUCCUCCCUCACCCAACACUUCCAGCGGCUGCUGGAGGAGGCCGACGAGACGGACAGCAUCCACGACGUCACGCUGCAGGCCGGAGACCGCGCCUUCCCCGCCCACAAGUACGUCCUGUCCAUGAGGUCCGAGUUCUUCCGGAAGCAGCUGUUGGCGGUGCGCGGCGGCAGCGAGGACGGGGACGGCGAGGUGAGGAGGAGCGAGGACGCGGUGGGCUGCGACCUGCUGGUCCUGGAGAAGGUGUCCGCCGAGAUGCUGGAGCACGCCCUCACCUUCAUCUACACCGACUGCUGCCAGAUGCUGGUGGCGGGGGCCCGGCCCCGCGUCUCUCCCCAGGGACGGGGCCCCGAGCUGGGCCAGGAGCAGCUCAUCUCCACCCUGGAGGAGCUGGGGCUCCAGGACGGGCUGAGGAGCCGCUCGGCCCUGGACGUCUACCGCUCGCUGCCCCCCUACGCCAGGAGCGACGGGGACAAGGCCAAGGGGAAAGGUAGCAAGCCUGGGAAGAAGGGCAAGGCUGGCAAGGCGGGCACCACGGAGGGAGGGGCCAACCCGGUCAAGACCUUGCAGGGCGUGGCCAAGAAGUUGGGCAUAGGUAGUUUAUCUGCACGGCUGGACGGGGUGAAGUUUGAGAACGGGCAGAUCAGCGUGGUGCCCAAAAAGACGGGGAACAAGCCCUGCCUCAACCCCAAGAAAUGCUCCUACCUGUGUGAUGUGACCUUGAGGUCUGAAGAUGGCAAGGAGUUCCCCUGCCACAAGUGUGUGCUGUGUGCCCGCCUUGAGUACUUCAACAGUAUGCUGGGGAACCCCUGGAUCGAGGCCACCUCAUGCAGUGCUCUGGAGAUGCCCACCAGCUCAGAGAUCCUGCAGGUGAUCCUGGAGUACGUCUACACUGACGAGUCCCCGACCAUCAGAGAGUCCUUGAGCGUGGAGUUUGUGUGCGGAGUGCUGGUGGUGGCGGACCAGCUCCUCAUCAGCAGGCUGAAGGAGAUGUGCGAGGUGGCCAUCACAGAGAACCUGACUCUGAAGAACGCUGCGGAGCUGCUGGAGUUCUCUGCCGUGUACAACGCAGAGCAGCUGAAGCUGUCCUGUCUGCAGUUCAUAGUGCUCAACAUGGCCGCCCUCCUGGAGACCCGAGCUCUGGAUGUCCUCAGCGAUGAGGUCCUGCUGGAGCUGUCUGCGUCAUACAGGAGGAUGAUCCCUGCAAUGCAGAAGCGUCAGAUCACCCCCUACCCAGACGCUCCGGACCUGAGUGUGUACGAGGAGGAGGAGCCAGACUCGCCCUUCAGCCCCAGAGGAGACACAGAGACGGACUACAGCUGCAGGGAGAGCCUGUUGAAGAAGGCCAAGAUGAAGGCCAAGAGAAAGCCCCGGCGACGCUCCGACAGCUUCGGGGGGUACAACCUCUCUGACAUCAUCCAGAGCCCCCCCGCCGCAACCACUCCAGUGACCCCCCCAGGCCUGGUGAAACCAGGGGCGAGCAGCUCCAUGGAGUCCCUGCAGGAGCUGUUGACCUCGGACUCGGAGGGCAGCUACGUGGGGGCGGGCAGCCCCCGCGAGCUGCAGUCCCCCAUCGGCCUCCACAGGACAGAGGAUGAGAGGGCUGGAAUCCAGCGGAGGAGGACCCCCUCCAGCACCCCUUCCACCCUGAGGAACGGACUCCCUCACCCACGCAGCUCUGCCCCAGAGCCCAUCCCCAGGGCCUCUUCGUGCAGCUCCGCCACAGAGCCCAUCACCAGGGCCUCCUCGUGCAGCUCCGCCACAGAGCCCAUCCCCAGGGACUCCUCGGGCAGCUCCGCCCCAGAGGCCAUCACUAGUCUUGUCUGCACCCCGCCAAUCCUGGACCUCAGAGCCAUCAUGGACAUGGAGGCCACCUCCCAGAUGAGCCUGAGAGCCACGCCUAGAAGCCCCGCCCUCACCAACAGCAGCAAGCCCUCCCCCAUCCCGGCCAAACUCUCCCAGAAGCAGAGGAAGAUAAUGGCCCAGGCCACCAAGGAGGGCAGUGUGGAGGCAGCGGUCCCCAGGGCCGCCCCGACCCUCAGCCCCCCGAAGAGCAUCAAAGCAUGGGCCAAGACGGUCCAGUCCCCCCCCUCCUCUCGCUCCUUUAGGGACCUCCUGGCGGAGGAGGCGAUCCGGGUCCAAGGGCAUCCUGGGGCUCCAGGCAGGGCUGUCGGGCCGGGAGGACAGGGACCAGCGGCCUCUGCAGCAAGGAGGGUCACCUUCAAAUCUGCUGCCGAACCUGAGAAGUGUGAGCCUGGGAAACCAGCUGGCCCCUGGGUGCGGGCGGCUGCGGCAGGGAGCCCCCCCGUGGGCGCCAUGGUAACCUUUGCCUCCAUCGUGGAGGAGGAGAGGCAGCAGGAGGCCGCCUUGAUCCGCAGCCGAGAGAAACCCCUGGCCCUCAUCCAGAUUGAGGAGCGGGCAAUCCAUGACCUGCUUGUCCACUACAGUAGCCGUGGCAACCCUGAGGAGCUGGUGGUGGUGGAAAGGUCCAGCCAAGGCCCUGUGGCCACGCCCACCUGGAACAAACAUUAGACCACACGCACUCGCACAAAAACCUGUUGCACGACACACACACACACAGCGUCAGUUACAAUACCAUCCAUCCAUCGACAGACCCACCGACGCACAUGAACACGUUCUGCUUCCAAGACAUUGCAUAAUGUAGCCGCAACCUUUAACAUCCACCCUAACCUAACCCUCCGACAUGACACCGUGCAUCUGGAACAGCUCUGUGUUGCAGAUACUUGCCAAACGAGAAUGAUUUUCCAAAAUGAUCCUGCCUUCCAAAUAUGUGUAAAUUGUGUUCGGCAAGGACAGUUUUGAAUUUAGAACUACCAAUUGGGUCCAAAGUACGAUACCCAGCUGUGCAGUGUUGAGGCAACUAAGCUUUAUGCCUAUUUAGUAGAGGGCAGCCUGACCUGAGUGAUACCUAGGAACCCUUUGCCCUGAGUCAUACAGUUCUGCUGAGAAUGUUUAUUGAGGGGAUGUGUGUGUGUGUGUGUGUGUGUGUGUGUGUGUGUGUGGUGGGGGAAGGUGUGUGAGAAACUGCACACUGUGUUUGGAAGGCGAGGGAAGCAGUUCGCUACUCUCGAUUUCAACACUCCGCUCUCAGUCGCACAGUUCUGCUGAGAAUGUUUAUGGAGGUGAAGUGUGUGGGGGGGGGAGGGUGUGUGUGAUACUGCACACUGUGUUUGGAAGGAGAAGGAGGCAGCUAGCUACUCUCUCUAUAUCAAAAUGUACAAGGGUUGGAGAAGGGAAUGCGCCUUGCUUUCACUCUUACCAGAUUGCAGCACGCCACACACACACACCACAUACCGACACAACAAUUGACUUUCUUUCUGCUGGCUGGCUCUCUUGUUUUGAUUUGUUUAUGGAGCCAGCUAUGUAAGCCUGGAGUCAGAGCCCAUGUGUUGGCUUGGUAUCCCCCCCCCUCCUCCUUGUACGAAGACAAAAUGGCGUGCAAUAAAAAUCCAACCUGCUCAGUGA